GGGGCGGUUACGGGAAGGGGAAGGAGAAAGGAUGACAGCAAAGGGGCGAGGGCUGGAGGGAGAGUGCAAUGACAGAAGGGUGGCCGACAGACGGGAGCAAGUCAACGCUCCCAUACCCAGAUUUCAGCGACUCACCGGGCCUCGCACAGAUCCACGAUGCGCUUCAGUCACGGACACCUCCGCUGCCCCUCUUGCCGCCGCCGCUGAUUUCGUUAUGUCCGCCUGCGACAAUCCCACCUGCGCCUCCCUCCCUCCCGCUCUUGCCUGCUCCGACUCUCCACUCCCGCGUCCAGUCCCAGCUCAGACUCGCGGCCGCUUGCAAAGCUUUGAGGGAGGUGUUGCUGAGUUGGGUAACUUGUUUGGUGGUUGUUUUUUGGUCAUUGACACGAGCCAUCGCCAAUUGGAAACAAGCGCAAGGAAGAGGCCACGCCUUUGUCGAAAGAGAACCAAUAGGAACAUGUAUUCCCCCUGCGGCAUGGUGGGCCGAAGAUGGGCGGGCAUUAGCAGCGCCCCCGCGUCUCCAUCCCGUCCUCCCGCUUGGCCUUCAAUCAAUAGAAUGGACAGGCAAAGACUUAAAACCACAAAACCAACAAUUAAAUCAGUUAAGACCUGGACGGAGGAGUCAAAAUUAAAGCUGCAGGCCUGCUUUGACUGCACUGAUUGGAAUAUUUUUGAAGAUACCUCUGCAGGUACUGUAACAUCAUAUGUCAGCUUCUGUGAAGACCUGUAUAUACCGACAAAGACCUUGCGAAUAUACAGUAACAACAAACUUUGGUUCACACCUAAACUUAAGCAGCUACGACAUUCCAAAGAGGAAGCCUACAGAAAAGGUGAUAAAAUGCUGUACAAUCAGGCCAGAAAUGUACUAACAAGGGAGAUCAGAGCAGCAAAAAGAAGCUAUUCUGAAAAGCUAAAGAAUCAGUUUUCAGCAAAUGAACCAGCAAACAUGUGGAAAACUCUUAAAAAUAUCACCGGCUAUGGCAAACCUCCCUCCCAGGCUGAAGGAAAUCAACAACUGGCAGAUGACCUGAACGUGUUUUACUGCAGGUUUGAAAGGAAACUACAGCCACCUAUCUCCAUAACCCCCAUCUCACCAACAACAGCCAAGCCUCCUACAACUGACCUCAUCCCAUUGGAUUCACAACCCCUAGUGAUCACAGAAAAGGAAGUGCAGGACCUAUUUCACAGACAAAAGCCAGGAAAAGCUCCAGGCCCAGACAAGAUAACUCCUUCUUGCUUAAAAGUCUGUGCUGACCAAUUGGCCCCCAUCUUCACCCAUAUCUUCAAUAAAUCACUAGAGAUGUGCUAUGUUCCUUCUUGCUUCGAACACUCUACCAUCAUCCCAGUGCCGAAGAAGCCCACUAUCAAGGAACUGAAUGACUACAGACCAGUUGCUUUAACAUCUGUAGUCAUGAAAGCUAGUGCUUUCCUACUUGAAAACCAUCACGGAUCCGCUGUUAGACCCCUUGCAAUUUGCAUACCGAGCAAAUAGAUCAACAGAUGAUGCUGUUAAUAUGGCUCCCAGGGGUGAAAUCUAAAAACUUUCCCUACUGGUUCUGUGGGCGUGGCUUAAUUGGUGGGCGUGGCUUGGUGGUCUGAUGGCUGGGAGGGUGUGUCCAAUAACAAUAAAUAAUAAAAAUAAUAAACAAAGUAUAAAAACAAUAAGAGGUACCAAAAACCAGCUUUCACACUUUACACACACACAACACAACACAACGGGACUCACAUACAGUGUAAAAGCAGCUGCACUUCAUACUUCACACAGCCACAAAAAGCUCAAAAGCCAACUUUCACACUUUACACACACACAACACAACUGACACACACACACACACACACAAAAUACCACAUACAGCUUUCUGAGAUUUUGUAUGUUUGUGUAGUUAGAGUGAAACACUACAGAAACACACCAAAUCUUAGAAAGCUGCACAAAUAUUUUAUUAUUUUAUUUUAUUUUAUUGUGGACUUCAAUUCCCAUAGUUCCUCAGCAAGGAAAUCCAGACAGCAUUAAUCACUCAGUGAUGAAAUAGAUUAGCUAAGUUUAGAUUAGUUCUGUCUGGUGCUAAAAACAAAACUGGGGCUUUCCGGCUGGGAAAAAAGCCAUGAGGUUGAUCAGUAAUCAGGUAAGUGCCUUAGAAUCUCUUAAAAGGAGGUUUUCUAUAUGUUUCUACAGAAAACAUGUUUUUUAAGGUUCUGUUGAUGAGGAACUCAGGUGAGAUCCCCAGAGUAGCCUUUAAAUUUUUUUUGUUUAAGUUUAAAGGCUCUGCCGAUCUCAGCUGAGGGGUGGGAUCCUCAAAGGCUUUUUUUUACUUUUAAAGGCAUGUUUCGGCUGAAGCAAAACCUUCUUUUAAAAGUAAAAAAAAUACCCUCUGCUGAUGGUGGGGCUCAGCAGAGGCAUAGGGGGUGGGGCCAGGGAUUUUUGCUACCGGUCCUCCGAACCAGCCGCCGCCAUUGCUACUGGAUCGCGUGAGCCAGUCCGAUCCAGGAGCAUUUCACCCCUGUCUGCACUACAUCUUACAACAUCUUUUUUUUUUAAUUGAAAAAGUUUUUACAAAAAAUUUUCACCCUCCUUUUUU